AUGAAAUUCUCUUCGGUGACAAUCGCAGCGUUUUUGGCUUGUGCCAAGAUGGUGUUUGCCGAUUCUGAAAAAUUCGGUUUCUUGGUGCUCAGAUCAGGAACUCCUUUGCAAUUUGCGUCUGUUUACGCUCAGGACUCGAAGUUGUACUUUGGUAGCUCAUCUUCAGCUCUUGAUGGAGUGGUCACUGACGACGGAAAGUUGAAGCUCUCAGACAACACAUUUGCCAAGGUGAGCUCCGAUGGAUCGCUUGUAGAAGGCUCUGAAGCAGACGCCGCUACUGGGUUUUCGAUCUCCGACGGCUACCUUGCUUUCAACGGCAAGGAGGGCUUUACUGCGAUCUCUUCGGGCUCUACAUACGUGGUUUCGACCAAGGACGCGGGCUCGAACGACACACCGGUUGCUGUGAAAGCCACAUCUUUCUCUAACCCCGGCUCUUCCGUGCCGGAUUUCUCCUCUAAGGGCUCUUCGUCUUCUUCCAGCUCUACUGGAGCUUCUACCACCGCUGCUGCCAUUUCCCAGAUCUCUGACGGCCAAAUCCAGGUCUCAACAGGCUCUGCGACUCCAAAGACCUCCUCGAACGUGGCACCCGUCUCCCAGAUUUCUGACGGACAGAUCCAGGCCUCGACAGGUUCUGCGGCUCCGAAGACCUCUUCAAACGUGGCCCCAAUCUCCCAGAUCUCUGACGGCCAAAUUCAAGCAUCUGCUCCCACCAAGACCUCUUCCAACUUGGCACCCGUCUCCCAGAUCUCUGACGGUCAAAUUCAAGCAUCUACAGGUUCUGCGGCUCCAAAGACCUCUUCAAAUGUGGCCCCAAUCUCUCAGAUCUCUGACGGUCAGAUUCAGGCCCCUAAAAGUUCUGCUGCUUCGAAAAACUCCUCGACCGUGGCACCAAUCUCCCAGAUCUCUGAUGGCCAAAUCCAAGCCUCUACAGGAUCAACUGCUCUGAAGACAACCUCCACUGUGGCCCCAAUCUCACAGAUUUCUGAUGGCCAAAUCCAGGCCACAACCCGCGCCCCAGCUUCUAGCUCUGUUGCCAAGUCUACGGCCUCUGCCAUAUCUCAAAUCUCUGACGGUCAAGUUCAGGCUGCUUCUGUCUCAAGCGGCACCGCAAAAUCAACCGCAUCUGCAAUUUCUCAAAUUUCUGACGGCCAGGUUCAACAGGCCUCGUCCGUCACUAUCCAAACCCAAUCUGUGAACGGUGCUUCCCAUGAACUGGUUGGUUUUGGUGCCGCUUUUGCUGCUGUGGCCGUUGCUCUAUUGUAA